CAACGCACAACAUGGAGGCUGUGGUGGUGCCGCUGUUGUCGGACAACUAUGGCUACUUGCUGGUGGACAAGGCCACACGAGAAGCAGCCGCCAUUGACCCUGUGGAGCCCAAGAAGGUCCUUGCUGCAGCGGAGGAAAACAACGCCGACAUCAAGUACGUGCUCACAACGCACUCGCACUGGGACCACGCUGGUGGAAACGCGGAGUUCAAGCGACUGAGGCCGAGCGUCACCAUCUUUGGCGGUCGCGGUGAUGGCGCUGAUGCCGUGGACCAAGAGGUGUGGGAUGACGAUUCGCUGGACAUUGGGUCCAUCAAGGUGUCGGUGCUUGCCACGCCUUGCCACACACCGGGCCACGUGUGCUACUAUGCGACAGCGGGCGACGAUCGAGCCGUCUUCACCGGCGACACGCUGUUUAUUGGCGGCUGCGGCAACUUCAACCAAGGCACCCCGCAGAUGAUGUACGAUGCGCUGUACACCAAGCUUGGCCGCCUUCCAGACGACACAAGGGUGUACGUUGGCCACGAGUACACGGUGAAGAACCUGACGUUUGCGCGCGUGGUCGAGCCGGACAACCGCGCUGUGCAAGAGAAGUUGGCGUGGGCAGAGGAGCAGCGACAGGCUGGGCAGUACACCGUGCCCUCCACCAUUGGCGAGGAGAAGGCAUUCAACCCCUUUAUGCGCUGUCACGAGACCCCCGUCCACGCCUACUGCGGCACCGCAGAUGCUGUGACAGCGCUGGCGACUGUGCGAGAACGCAAGACGGCAUGGGGCCGCGUCAAGUAA